GGGGCUAUAGUUAGGUUGAUGCGUACCACUUCGUCGCAGAGUGGUGCUGGUGUUUUGCGAGCGACUGGACAGUCUCAAACUGUCUCGUGGGUAGAUUCAACCAUACUAUUCAUAUUGGAUAACUAUUUUGGUUGAUUGUUGCAAAAUAUAUUUUUUCGAUACUGUUAUUUUCCUGGAGAAGAUAGUUUUUGUCUUGUCUAUUUUUUUCUCAAGAGAAUGGCUGCCGACGAGGUGAAUGGUAGUUCUGCCCAGGUGAGGGAGGAAGAGGAGCCUAUGGAAGUCACUGCCGAAUCCGAGCACACAGAGAACUACCAGACACUAAUCGAUGCCGGACUGCCGCAGAAAGUGGCAGAGAGUCUCGACAACGUAUUCUCAACCGGGUUGGUGGCGUAUGCUGACCUGGACGAGAGGGCCAUCGAUGCUCUGCGGGAGUUCAAUGAAGAGGGAGCACUGUCUGUACUGUUGCAGUUCAAAGAAAGUGACCUGUCCCAUGUGCAGAACAAAAGUGCUUUCCUUUGUGGAGUCAUGAAGACUUACAGACAGAGGGAAAAGCAAGGAAAUAAAGUACAAGAAUCCACCAAGGGGCCUGAUGAGUCCAAGAUCAAGGCUCUGCUGGAGCGGACAGGAUACACCCUGGACGUAACUACGGGACAGAGGAAAUACGGCGGGCCUCCACCAGAGGAAGUGUUCCAAGGAGCACAGCCUGGGAUUGGAACUGAGGUGUUUGUGGGAAAGAUCCCUAGAGAUCUGUAUGAAGACGAGCUGGUGCCACUGUUUGAAAAGGCGGGCCCUAUCUGGGACCUGAGGCUAAUGAUGGACCCCCUGUCGGGUCAGAACCGGGGCUACGCCUUCAUCACCUUCUGCGGCAAGGAUGCAGCAGCUGAGGCUGUGAAACUUUGUGAUAACUAUGAAAUCCGGUCUGGGAAGUACCUUGGAGUGUGUAUAUCUGUAGCAAACAACCGCCUGUUUGUUGGAUCAAUCCCAAAGAACAAGACCAGAGAGAGCAUAUUGGAGGACUUCGGCAAAGUCACAGAGGGGCUUCAGGAAGUGAUUCUCUACCACCAGCCUGACGACAAGAAGAAGAAUCGUGGCUUCUGUUUCCUGGAGUACGAGGACCACAAGUCAGCAGCCCAGGCCCGCCGCCGCCUCAUGAGUGGCAAGGUGAAGGUGUGGGGGAACCCGGUCACUGUUGAGUGGGCCGAUCCAGUCGCUGAGCCCGAUCCGGAUGUCAUGGCUAAGGUGAAAGUCCUGUUUGUCAGGAAGCUGGCCACCCCGGUCACAGAAGAGCUACUGGAGAAGACCUUCUCUGCGUUUGGAAAGUUGGAGCGGGUGAAGAAGCUCAAAGACUAUGCCUUUGUCCACUUUGAGGACAGGGACGCAGCUGUGAAGGCAAUGGCAGAAAUGAAUGGGAAGGAGCUUGGGGGAGAGGAGAUUGAGAUAGUCCUGGCCAAGCCCCCAGACAAGAAGAGGAAAGAGCGGCAGGCUCAUCGCCAGACCACCAGAAGCCCAGGGUAUGAUGACUAUUACUACUACCCACCGCCACGCAUGCCUCCACCAGGUAGGGGCAGGGGCCGUGGUGGCCGCGGGGGCUAUGCCGCCUAUCCCCCAGACUACUACAGCUACGAGGACUACUACGAUGACUACUAUGACUAUCACGACUACCGUGGGGGUUACGAGGACCCCUACUACGGUUACGACGACGUGUACAGCAUGAGGGGCCGUGGCAGCCGGCCAAGCAGGGGAGGUCCGCCCCCACCCAGGGCCCGCGGAGCACCACCCACACGAAGCCGAGGGGGCUAUGCCCAGAGGGGGCCACCAGUCGGAGGGCCCAGGGGUGGCAGAGGGGGCCGGGGGGGACCUUUCCAGCCACAGAGGGGCCGUGGUACCCGAGGAGCCAGGGGGAACCGCGGGGGCAAUGUGGGAGGGAAGAGGAAGGCGGACGUCUUCAACCAGCCUGACUCCAAACGCCGGCAGACCAACCAGCAGAACUGGGGGUCUCAGCCCAUCGCCCAGCAGCCCCUGCAGCAAGGGGCCGACUAUUCCGGUAACUAUGGUUACAGUAAUGACACCCUGGAGUUUUCACAGGAUUCUUAUGGGCAGCAGUGGAAGUAGAUGCGUCAAUCACUAUUUGGCAAAAUAAAAUAAAAAGACAGAAAAAAAACGUAAGAAGUUUGGCAACACUUUUUUUUCCUUUUUUUUUUAUCCCUCACGGGGAAAAAAUAUUUCACUCAGAGAAGAAAUGGACAGACCCCCAGAAUUGGCACAACAUGAUUGGCUGGAAUAGCAUUUUGGCCUGAAGAUGUGAAUGUAACCAUUUUGCUGAAUCAUUUCUUACGGUUACAUGGGACGUAUGUCUUAAAACGCACAUCACUUUUACCUUCCAACAUUGUGUUUGUUUCUUUUAAAGCCAACAAUGAGCAUUUUAAAUGUGGACAUUAUUUUUCAAAAGUCUGAGAGGCUGUUAAAAUCAUGAUAUUGCCUUGCAGGAAAGUUUGUGUCCAAGCCCCUCCCUCCCCUACCUGUGUUUCCCUUAUUUCUGUUUUCUAACAGUAGCAUAGGGACUUGCUUGUAAAUAGUUGCUUGUGGCUAGAGCUUCAUAUAAAAAAAAAUGCCGUGAUGGAGAAAAUCAACAGGAAGGAGAGAAUUUAAAAGUUUUGUAACGUUGAAAGUGUAUGUCUAGCAUUUCUAGAGGUAGAUCAAUUGUGUUUUUUAAAACUGAUAUUAUUAUAUAACUUCCUAUGUUUUCUUUAAACUUGCCCGUUAGAAUUUGGUUUGGCUUACCUUAAAAGCCAUAGCAGUUUGUUCUCUGAUGUUUGUAUUUAUAACUUUUACCUUUGUUCCAUUUCAAUAAAACUCAGUUGAGCAUCAUUCAAUUGUCAGAUAACUUCAAAUUCAAUGGUGUCAUUCAGUAUAUGAGUCUACUUCUAAUCCUACCUCAAAUUUCACAGAUUUUGUCUGCUUUUUGCUCCAAGAAUAAAUCAAGAGAUAAUGAAAUUGUCAUACCAAAAGAAUGAAUGGCAGAGCACAAAUGUUUUGAAUGACUGAAAAAAAAAAGAUGAACACUUUAUUUUCCAGGAUAUCCCACCCUCUUAUGAUCUGAUGAAAGUUAAAAGAUAUACAAGUGAAAUUAACAUAAUAGUUGUACAUUUGUAUACCGAUGAGGUAAAAAAAAAUCUGCAAUCUUUUACAUUGGACUCAACAUCAAGACCAGAACAACUAAUCAUUUAAAUGCAUUCCCCUUCCCUGAAGGCAUUGGAUCAGUUGCAACUCACCUCUCAAACACCAUGAGGCCCAAUUACACAGUAAAAAAAAAAAA